CCCGGGACGAGCCGCCCCCUCCGUCCCGGACCGCCAGCACCAGCGCUGCCAGGGAGAGGCCGUCGCCCCCCAGCUCAAGAUGCAGAGGUGCACUAGUUUCCUGUUUCUGUCUUUAAUCCUUUGUGCCACCCUGUCAGAAACACUUGGACUGGUUUUCUCAGCAAGAGAAAAAAGGGGCUGGACUUUGAAUAGUGCUGGUUACCUGCUUGGGCCACAUGCAGUAGAUAACCACAGAUCUUUUAAUGACAAACAUGGUUUCACUGGUAAACGUGAAAUACAGCCUGAUGAGGAUAUUAAAGCAGGGAAUCUUGGAAGACUGCUGGCUGAUGAAAACAUUGUGCGCACAGUAAUUGAAUUUUUGGCUUAUUUGCAUCUUAAAGAGAUGGGAGCACUUGACAAACUACCUUCUCCAGAGGAAACAAACCAGUCUUGAAGAAUAAUGCAUUUUUAUUGUGCUGUAGUGUAGAUUUAGAUUGAAUUCUAAACAAAAGAUCCAAAUGAGCUGAAGAUGAGAAGUAUUGUUUGCAUUAAUCUGAUAAAUGGUAAACAGCAUUCUGCCCUCUGUUUUGUUUGUUUGGGUUUUUUGGGGUUGGGUUUCUUUUUUUUCCUCU